GAAGCGGAAGUGAGCAUGCAGGAGACUGCGGAUCCGAAAUCUCGUUGACGCAUCUGCGGCUACUGCAGUGAUCCUCUAGGUAGGCCGUGCUGGGGCAAUCGGCCCUCGGUCUCGGCUCUCGCACCUCCCCAGCCCGGGGCUCCUCCCAGCAUCCAGUCCACGCCCCUCCGCGCCCUUCGCCCCGACUGCUCGGCCCUGUCUGCUCCUGCACCCCCGGCUGGUGCGGUCUGGGAGGAAGGGCCAGGCAGCCGCCCUCCUGCAGGUGGAGCGUGGAGGAGGCUCUUCCCGAACCCAGCCGCAGAUCGCUGAGGACCCGCGAGGUAGAGUCUCAGGCUCGGGGAAGGAGGAGCUGGUACCUGCAAACCCGCGAUUCAUAAAACCAAUUAUGGGGGUGAGAGGUUUGCAGGGUUUUGUGGGAAGUACCUGCCCACAUAUAUGUACAGUAGUAAAUAUCCAAGAGCUGGCAGAGAACCACCGAACCAAGUACCCUGGGUGUACCCCUACCAUCGUGGUGGAUGCCAUGUGCUGCCUCCGAUACUGGUACACACCGGAGUCUUGGAUCUGUGGUGGCCAGUGGCGAGAAUACUUUUCUGCUUUGAGAGGUUUUGUCUCAGCCUUCACAUCUGCCGGCAUCAAGUUGAUAUUCUUCUUCGAUGGCAUGGUGGAGCCGGGUAAGAGAGAUGAAUGGGUAAAGAGAAGACUUAAGAACAACAGGGAGAUAUCCAAGAUUUUCCACUAUAUCAAGUCAAAGCGAGAGCAGCCAGGCAGAAACAUGUUCUUCAUUCCCUCUGGGCUGGCCAUAUUUACACGGUUCGCUCUAAAGUCACUGGGCCAGGAAACUUUCUGUUCGUUACAGGAGGCGGACUAUGAGGUGGCUUCUUAUGGUCUCCAGCACAACUGUCUUGGGAUCCUGGGGGAAGACACCGAUUACUUAAUUUAUGACACUUGUCCCUACUUUUCAAUUGGUGAUCUCUGCCUGGAGACUCUGGAAACCAUCAUGCUGUGCCGUGAGAAACUCUGUGAGAGUCUCGGCCUCCGUGUGGCGGACCUCCCUCUGCUAGCCUGUCUGCUCGGCAACGACAUCACCCCGGAGGGCAUGUUCGAAAGCUUUCGGUACAAGUGCCUGUCCUCCUAUGCUUCUGUGAAAGAGAAUGCUGGCAAAAAGGGAAAUAUUAUCUUAGCUGUCUCAGACUAUAUCUCCAGAGUUCUUCACUUGUAUCAGGGUGAGAAAAAGAUAGAAGACAUGUUACCCUUGGGGCCAAACAAAGCUCUUUUUUAUAAAGGGGUAGCAGCGUAUCUCUUGCCAGGGCAAAAAUCUCCAUGGUUAGUUCAAAAACCCAAAGGCAUAAUAACAGAGAAGCAAGUGGUGAGCCCUGAAUCUAAGCAAGAAGUUCCUAUGUGUUUAGAUCCUGAAUCCAAACAAGAAGUUCCCGUGCAUACUAAUCCUGAGUCCAUGCAAGAAGUUCCCGUGUGUACAGAUCCCGAAUCCAACCUAGAAGCUUCCAUGUGCACAGAUCCUGAACCCAAACAAGAAGCUUCCAUAUGUACAGAUCCCAAAUCCAACCAAGAAGCUUCCAUGUGCACAGAUCCUGAAUCCAAACAAGAAGUUUCCAUAUAUACAUACCCAGAGGUCAAGCAAAAAUUACCUUCAGAAACAGGGGCUGAAUUUAAUUCAGAAGUACUCGUGUGUACACCCCCUGAAGUUAAACAAGAAGAUGCCAUGGAUAUGGAGCCUGAAAUAAAACAAGUAACCAUGGAUUCUGACACCGAAAUCUUAAAGGUUGCCAGAUUGCACCAUGUCCACUCAGAGAGCUACCUCGUGUACAACAUUAUGAGCACUGGGGAGAUAGAGUGCAGCAACACCCUGGAGGACGAGCUGGACCAAGCCCUGCCCAGCCAAGCCUUCAUCUACCGCCCCGUCCGGCAGCGAGUGUACGCACUACUGCUUGGGGACUGGAAAGAUGGAGCCCGCAGCGGCCCGGUGGUCAAGGAGUGGUUUGUGUACCCUGGGAACUCCCUGAAGCACCCAGACCUUGUUCGUCCUCUGCAGGUGACUGUUCAAGGGGCAAAACCUAGUUUGGAAGUUCUGUGGCUGAGCCGAGAGCCAGCAGUGCAGGCCCGGCGCCUGGACACGUUGCUAGCCUGCUUCAACCUCUCCUCCUCCAGAGAAGACCUGCAGGCGGUUGAGAGCCCAUUGAGAGCUCUGUGCUGCCUCCUAAUCUACAUCUUCGUCCAGGUGGACACUCUUUCCCUGGAAGAUCUGCAUGCAUUUAUUGCUCAGGCCUUGUGCCUCCAAGGAAAAUCAACCUCACAGCUCAUGAGCUUACAGCCGGAUUACAUUAACUCCAGAGCUGUGCAGCUGGGGUCCCUCCUCGUCCGUGGCCUCACCAUGUUGGUACUGGUCAACAGCGCAUGUGGCUUCCCCUGGACAACAAACGAAUUCAUGCCCUGGAAUGUCUUUGACGGCAAGCUUUUCCAUCAGAAGUACCUGCAGUCUGAAAAGGGAUAUGCUGUGGAGGUUCUUCUGGAACAAAAUAGAUCGUGGCUCACCAAGUUCCACAACCUGAAGGCCGUGGUCUGCAAGGCCUGCUCCAAGGAGAACCGGCGCAUUGUAGGGAGAACACACUGGAACUCUCACUACACAGGGAGGCUGGGGAGACAGGGCUCCAGCUCCCACAGGACAGGCUCCACACACGGCCAUCCUGGGCAUGGGCAGCCAUGGAGAGAUCAGGGUCCAGGAGGCAGACAGUAUGAACAUGACCAGUGGAGAAGAUACUAGGCGUCUUGCAGGUGGAGUCCUCGCCAGUAUCUUAAAAUGAAUCAGUAGGUUAAUGUGUCAUGCGCAGCUUCCCAACUGGGGUCCACCGACUUAAUUCAAGGAGUGUUUGCUUCUUCCAGGCAGUGUGGGAAGACAGUGCAGUGCCCAGGCUCUGCCCUCUUCAGAGAAUCUUCAGAGUGUUGCCACCCAGUCGUACCAGCAAAGAGGUGGCAACUGGAGCCACACUGUAAAAGAAGGAACAAUUCCUUCUUUUCAGAGGUUUCUCCCACAUGCACUGUAAAAAAUGUCCAUUGGUUUGGUUUCAAAGGCUGCUCCUGACCCCGUGACCCAGAACACGCAUCGUUAGCAUCACGUAUGCUCCCUGAUCUUAGCAGGACUCUGAUUCCCUCACACCUUUUCUUAUUAGAUUGUGAAAAUGUUUUCCCAAAUCAUUAGUCCUUGAUAUCAUGGAGUCUUAGCUAUUUUUGAUACUGUGAAAAGACACCAUAACCAAAGCAGCUUACAAAAGAAAGCACUUAAUGUAAGACUCGAGGUUCCAGAGGGCAGUGGAGUCCAUGACCAUCACGUCAGGGAGCCAGGCAGAAGGCAGGCGGAGGAAGACUCACUAACUGGGAAUGGUUCGGCACCCGUUGACACGCCUCCUCCAGCACGGCCACGCCUCCUCCAGCACGGCCACGCCUCCUCCAGCACGGCCACGCCUCCUCCAGCACGGCCACACCUAAUCCUUUCCACCAACUGCAGACCAAGCAUUCAGACACAUUAGCCUAUGGGGGUCAUUUUAAUUCAGACCAUCACACAUGGUAUCUAAUAGCCAUAUAAUCUGUCAGAAUUUUUUUUUUUUUUUUUUCGAGACAGGGUUUCUCCGUAGCUUUUGGUUCCUGUCCUGGAACUAGCUCUUGUAGACCAGGCUGGCCUCGAACUCACAGAGAUCCGCCUGCCUCUGCCUCCCGAAUGCUGGGAUUAAAGGCGUGCGCCACCACCGCCCGGCUAGAAAUUAUUUUUUCAUUAGAAAUUCUAACAGAAGUCAAUUGUCCCACAAUUUCUUUUCUUGAUCCUCAGAAGUGUUUGGAAAGAAAAAAAAAAACUAGAUUCUUGUUUGUGGGAAAGUUGGUUCUGCUUGGAGGUGAGAUGGCUCAGCAGUGAAGGACAUUGGCUGAUCUUCCAGAAAGCCUGGGUGUGAUUCCCAGCACCCACACGAUAGCCCACACCUGUCUGUAACUCCCGUUCCUGGGGACCCAAUGCGUCUUCUGACCUCUGUGGACUCCAGAAACACAAGUGAUGUACAGACGUACAUGCAGACAAAACACCCAUAAAGGUGAAAAAACAAGUAAUUUUUUUUUAAGCAGUGAGUCAGACUGAGAAGCAAGGUCCUCUUUAACCUUCGAGGUUACUCCCUGUCUCCACUGGGAACACAAGAGUAGCGGUGCCCAGGGUCCUGACAGCCAUGCUUGUCUCUAGGGACACUUGGUUCACUUGGGAGAUGCACUCCUGACCCCUGAAGAUGUAUCCUGCCAUCUCUAAAUCUUUAGUAAGCCUCUAGAAAUGCUCAUUUUCGUCUUCACACUGACAGUUAUCCAGACCACUAGCUCCAGUGUGUUGUGCAGGGCACGCGUGUUCUGCCUCGAUGUCCUUACAUUUACCAGAAAAGUCGAUAGCUCCCACAUUUGAACCGUUUGUAUUUGUUCAGCUUCUUCAGGACUUCUGCAUGCUAUGUCUGUAGGUCGCUGCUGUGACCUUAAUGCCUCGGUGUGGAACUUGCUUUUGUGAUCCUUCAGUGAGUAUUUCCCUUUAAUAUCUACUUCCUGUCCUCAUUUUUGCUUCUUUGAAACAUUGCUGCCUUUAGAAGGUUUGUUUCUUUGCUGUUCACUUGUGUAACUUUGUAUCAAGUUUCUGAUCUCUCAGAUUGAAAGUAUAUUCCUGUGAAAGCUGUUUUCCUUCACAGAAUCUGUAUUCUGACUCGUCAAUAAAAUGUGGAUGCCAUUCACAAGCUCAAAUACGCCAUUGUGUUGGUGGGAUGUUUAUGUCAUUUAAAAUACCAGUGUGCAGAGCUUUGCCAAUGAGAACAUUGCUUCUGUUGUUUUCCAGUCAAGAGGUAGAGUUUCCACAUAUCAGUUUAAAAUAAAAAUAUGGUUUUUUACUCAUA